CUGCAGUAGAUUAAAUUAUCACUCCCUCACAGUCAACCAUAACUACAGAGCAGACCCACUGGCUUCAGUUCAUUCAUAGGUACCAGUAUGAGCUAUUAUCAUGGACUCAUCUCCAGCAAGAAAGCAGAAGCUAUUCUCAAUUGUUCCCUCAGCAAUGGAUCCUUUCUAUUGAGGGACAGCCAGAGCAAGCCAGGCCACUUUGUACUCUCAAUAAAGUAUCAUGGUAAACUUUAUCAUGUCCUUGUAUUUCAUGAGUUUGGUCAGUAUUAUCUUGACAGCAGUGCCAGUUCUGAUGAUAAGUUCAAUAGUUUGGAGGACCUGGUUUUGUUUGGUAUGUCUCAUGAGCUCAGAGUGGCUGGGGAAGAGGUGACUCUCCUUGAGCCAGUCAUCAGUGACACUAGCAGUACAGUACAGAUACUGAAACCAUACAGUAAUGGAAUGCGUAAUAAAAGAGAUGAGGUUGAAGAUUAUGAUAUCUUGACUGAUCUAUUUGCUUCAGUAUUUGGCUCUCAUUGCUCAGUCCUCGUUGCAGUUCACAGUUACCUUAACUUUGAUGGGUCUCCGCUAUCAUCUGAUGCCAGUUAUCUUGUGUGUGUUGUCAAGGACAAUCACCUCAAGGCAUUCUUUGUCCGUACUGUUGAUCUCAGUGAUAAGAAGAUUAUUGCAGAAAAGAAACUAACUAAACAUUUUGAGUAUGACACUCCAUCAGAGCUAGUCCUCACUUUUCUAUCAGAAACCAACAAGUGUGACAGUGUAAUCAUAAUUCAAUUAUUGUGUUUCCAGCAAGGAAUCACUUGCAUUGGAUUCAAGAACAAGCAAGACAUGGACAUGUUCACUAGACAUGUUGACAGGAUAGUGCAAAUACAACAAGAGAAAUCAACACAGCAGGCAAGAGUAAGGGACACUGGAUCCUCCAGUCCUAGCAGAGGAGGACAGGAAUGCAGGAGAGAAGGAAAUACUCGACAAUUAAAAGCUGAAGAAUUUGAUAUUUAUAAUUUGAGUCCUGAAUGGGAUUAUCUCCUAGAGCAGGCCGGAGUGACUACUGAGAUGCUGCAGGAGCAGAGUACACUACAGUUCAUACUGGAUAGGGUCAGUGAGAUGGGGGGACCUCCUAAAACUGUUCAAGAGUCGGACAAAGAUGAGAGACUAGCAGCAAUAGCAAUGGACUCAGUCCUGAGGGCUGAGACCAUCAGGGCCGAGAGAUUAGCUGAUAAAAUAAAACACAUCACCUUGAACUCACCAUACCCUCUCCCUCGUAAGAUCCACCCUCCAUCCUGCCAGUACAGCAGAGUCUGCUCCAGGUACAAGGAUAUACUAUUACUAAGGACCAGUCUGACUGCACUAGCUCCAAUCAGGUGCAACUGCUACUGCAGUACUUGUGCUGCUGGUAAACCAACAGUAGCAGUAUCAGGAGUACCACCUCAACAAUACACACUACCCAUUGGAUGGACCCAGUUCAUACUGAGGUCUCAGACUCAUUCAUUAGCUCAAAAGUUUAUCGGAAAUUGGCAUGUAGCGUUUACAUGUGUAGCCUGCAGCUCAGUUGGUGAAAUAAUAAGAACAGGAUCAUCAUUCAGUGGAGGAAGGAAAGAGCUGGUACUCUCUCCUGAUGUGAAAUGGUUGAAGAGAAUAACCCGUGGACUAACACCUGAACAUUAUUAUGAUGAAAUUGAAAGAAUUGAUUACCGUGUCACCACUGCAUUUCAAGUGUUUAUACAGCCUGGAUCAUAUACAGUGACUGGCUCCAGUGAUUACAAGUAUCCUUUACAAGAGAAAUGGGAAACUACUGAAAGAACUCACGUUACCUAUGCACUGUUGAUUCAUGUACAGAAAUGCUAAUAAUGAUAAUAUAAUCAUGAACUAUUGACACAAAGAUUUAUCAUUCAGUAAUAUUCAUUGUACUAUAAUUGAAAAUGCUUAAGGAACAUGUUGUUUGCUAGUGAA